AUCUGCUCGCCGCUUUCCUGCCGACGCCCUUUGACCUCGCGCCCCUCGGGCGACAUCGUGGGCUGCACAGAGAUCAGAGCCUCGGGACCCCUAGGCGGCUGAUCCUGCCACUCUUAGCCCUGAUUUUUGUCUGGCAGAUCAUUCACUAUUUUGGAGUUUAAAGUAUGUCAUCAUGGCGAAGUUUCGGAGGAGGACUUGCAUCAUUUUGUCACUUUUUAUUCUAUUUAUUUUCUCUCUGAUGAUGGGUUUAAAAGUACUGAGACCAAAUACAGCUACAUUUGGAGCUCCUUUUGGACUUGACCUUCUUCCAGAGCUACAUCAACGAACUAUUCACUUGAAGAAAAAUUUUGAUUUAAAAGAAAGUGACAGAAUCAACAGAGAAACAAACACAAAGAGUUCCAAAAGUGUGGAAAUCACGAUGAAACCUUCCAAAGCCUCUGAACUUAACCUGGAAGAAUUACCACCUCUGAAUUAUUAUUUACAUGUAUUUUAUUACAGUUGGUAUGGAAAUCCACAAUUUGAUGGUAAAUAUAUUCAUUGGGACCAUCCCGUCUUGGAACAUUGGGACCCUAGAAUUGCCAAGAAUUAUCCACAAGGGAGACACAACCCUCCAGAUGACAUUGGCGCCAGCUUUUAUCCUGAACUUGGAAGUUACAGCUCUCGGGAUCCCUCUGUCAUAGAAACCCACAUGAGACAAAUGCGCUCAGCUUCAAUUGGUGUAUUAGCUCUAUCAUGGUACCCACCUGAAUCAAGUGAUGAGAAUGGAGAACCUACUGAUGACUUGGUACCAACUAUUUUGGAAAAAGCUCAUAAAUAUAACCUAAAGGUCACUUUUCACAUAGAACCAUAUAGCAAUCGAGAUGAUCAAAACAUGUACAAAAAUGUCAAGUACAUUAUAGACAAAUACGGAAGUCAUCCGGCCUUUUACAGAUACAAGACGAAGACCGGCAGUGCACUUCCCAUGUUUUACAUCUAUGAUUCCUAUAUCACGAAGCCCGAAAAAUGGGCCAAUUUGUUAACCACCUCAGGUUCCCACAGCGUUCGCAAUUCUCCUUAUGACGGAUUAUUUAUUGCACUUCUAGUAGAAGAAAAGCAUAAAUAUGAUAUUCUUCAAAGUGGUUUUGAUGGAGUUUACACAUAUUUUGCUACAAAUGGCUUUACUUAUGGCUCAUCACAUCAGAAUUGGGCUAGCCUUAAAUUCUUCUGUGAUAAAUACAACUUAAUAUUUAUCCCAAGUGUGGGCCCAGGAUACAUAGAUACCAGCAUCCGUCCGUGGAACACUCAAAACACUCGGAACCGAGUCAAUGGGAAGUAUUACGAAACUGCUCUGAGUGCUGCUCUUCAGGCUCACCCCAGUUUAAUUUCUAUCACCUCCUUUAAUGAAUGGCAUGAAGGAACUCAGAUUGAAAAAGCUGUUCCCAAAAGAACCAGUAAUACAGUGUACCUAGACUAUCGGCCUCAUAAACCAGGUCUUUAUCUAGAACUAACUCGCAAAUGGUCUGAAAAAUACACUAAGGAAAGAGCCACUUACGCAUUAGAUCCCCCACUGUCUGUUUCUUAAUGCACUCAUUAACAAUUAAUGAUGAGUUUUAUUAACUGCUAUGGAUAAUACUUGCAAUAGUCUAUGUGGACAUUUUUACUUUCAUUUUAGUAUCCAGUAACAACACUGUCAAAAAUGUAUGCAUUUUAAGAUGUUUAUAUCUACUAGAGGAUACCUUAAAAAAGAACAUAUCUGUGUAUUUGAAGUAAAAGUUUGGAUUGAGUCUUCCUAAAGUGAAAGCUUUCAUUUCGUUAGCCAAAAAAUAUACGUUAGGCAGAUAGAUGAAAAGCAAAUUAAUUUCUUAAUAUUAAGAGAGUUUUAUAAACAAUUUUCAUAUUUAUCUAGAAAAUAAAAUCCUUCCUGUUGUAUUAAAAAAGUUAAAAUAGUGAUCAAAAUCACCUAGUUUCAAUAGAUGUCUUUCAUUUUCAGUUAUAGAAAGGAAACUGUCAAAAUUUGAAGCACUGUUAUUGCAAUCAUUUAAUAAAAUAAUGUUAACACUUUUAAAGGUAGUAUUAUCAUUGUCACCCUUCUCAGUGCACUGAGAAAAUAUCUGAGCUAAAAGUUGUACAAAUAACAUUGAAAUUCUAACUUGAUGACAAUUAAAUUUUCAUUUAAUUUGAUUUUUAUUUAUAAAUAAAAAUUGUAGAUAAAUGCUUGUGUUACAUAAAGCAUUUAACACAAAUUUAAAUACUGUUUGCAGCCUUGGCCAAAAGGAAUAGGAUUGUAUGUAUGUUUGGGAUGUUUAUCAAAGAAAAAAGAUCUAAAAUUUUUUUUUUCAGUGAUUCACUGAAGGUUAUUAUAUUAGUAUUUAGACCUUGGAUAACUAAUAAUGAUAAAAUGCUUUAGCAUAAUAAAAUUGCUGUACCUUCCUCUCAAUCUUGCUCUGAAUGUAAAACAGUUUUAAAUAAUGGUCAAUUAAAGAUUUCUUUAAAUCAUGUACCUUAAGUUUUACUGUGAAUCAUACUGUGUUGGAAAGGUCUGCUUUCUGCUACACAGUACGUAGUGUCAUUGUCAGCAGCGUAUGGAUUACCUGUGGCAUGCUAGGUGUUUUGCAUGUUUAGUGUUUCUGCUCUACUGUGCUGAAUUCCAGAUUUUAGAAGCUAUAGAAUGUACUUUUAUAAAAGUUAAUAGAUGCUUUUCAAUUGUUAGGAAAACAGUUGUUUCACAAUUGUUAUGAUGAUACAAUAUCCAAAAUAUCAUUUUUAGGAUAUGUCAAUCUUUCUUUCUUGCAAUUCUCCUGCCUCAGUCUUCUAGCUGGGAGUAUAGGCAUUCACCACCACGCCCAUCUCUUUUUGAGAUAGGAUCUCACCAUGUUGACCAGGCCAAUCCCAAGCUCAUGGUCUUCCUGCCUCAGCCUCUCUAAGUCACUGGAAUUAUAGGCAUGUAGCACCACUCCUGGCAGACCAAGAAUCAACAUGGACCACCCAUGUGGUUCCAGCCGGAGGAGCACAAUAUUCUAGCAGUAUGAACCACUGCAGCUAAGCCUGUCAAUUUUUAACUUGUAAUCAUUCUAUUAUUUAUGACUUUAAAUUUAAUAUUAAGUAGAGCCCGAGAAAUAGCUAAUAACCUUUAUUUUAAGCUAUGAAAGAAAAAAGUUAUAAGAAUUACUGUAUUGUCUUUUAAUAUUGUAAGUUAUUUUACCCAAAAGUCAUAGAGAAAUUUACUCACCAUUUCAGAUUUUAGAGCUAUA